GGAUAGGACACAGGGAAUGGCUUCAAACUGACAAAGAGCAGGGUGGGAUGGGAUACUGGGGGGGAAUUCUUUGCUGCGGGAGGUUGAGGCCGUGGCACAGAGAAGAUGUGGCUGCUUCAUCCCAGCACAGUGUCCCCCGCCGUGUCCCCGUCGCUGCCCUGUGCUAAGAAGGGAUCUCGGUGGCACCGGCUGGGACGCGGGGACAGCGCUGUCCAGACGGGGAUUAAGGAUGUCCUUCAGGGCAUUGUGUCCCCAGCGAGGACAGGAGUGCCGGGGAGGAGGGAGGAAAGAGGCGCUGUCCCGCCGUGGGGCUUUGUGAUGGGAAAAUGACAUUUCCACGGGGUUUUGGUGCCUCUCCGUGGGGGUGUGCCAGUAAGGGGGGCUGGGGGGGGACGGACAUGGCCUCUCCAGCUGCUGGAAUUGGGGUGACACGCGAGCUUUGUGGUGAUGGUGACAGGCGUGUGCUUUCAGGGGACCAGGGAGAUUUGUCAGGCUCUUCCUCGCUGUGAUGGUCCCUUCCCUUGUUCUAGUAGGAAAUAAUGCAAACUAAGAACGCAGCGUUUCCGCUUCUCUGCCCUCUUUCAUGCCUAUAAAAACGGGGCUCUGUGGGCUUUAAAAAAGGGUUUAUACACCAGGAAUUUCUCCCUCCUGGAGCGCAGGCAUCCCUUGCCAAGUUUCAGCCCGAGGCCGUUCUGGCCUCCUUCAAACCUCCCUGAAAGAGAUGCAAAACAUCCAUAAACAUCCAUCCCUUGCCUGGGACGGGCUGGAGCCCCUCCCUGCAUCCCAGACGGACACGGAGGUGCAGGAGGGGCUUUAACCCAUGAUUUUGGGACUCGGGGCAAUGUGGGGAUGGAGGUGUGGGGUUUAGAGCCCCUCCAUCCCCCUGCUCCGCCCGGGCUUGACAAGGCAGUGAAGGCAGAGUGACAGCAGCCCUGUCCCCCCCUUCCCUGUCACCGAGCGAGCCCUGGGGCGGAGGAUGCUCCUGUCUGCUCUGCUGUCACCAGUGAUAAAGCCAGGAGCCACCAUGGCUUCGUGCUGGCCCUGCUGGCUGCUGGGCGGGCUCAGCCUCACCUCCGGCUUUGCCGAGGGGCAGGGGGUGGCACAGGGAUGGGCUUUGAGGGGGCAGACAGAGCACCCAGCACUGCUGGGAGCAUCCCUCCCUCAGCUGAGCCCCUCAGCCACAAUUUGGGACAGCCCUGGCUGGGCUUUGUAGGGCAGGAGAGAGGGGCUGGGGCAGAGCAGAGUUCAGGUUUUUUUUUAGCUGAGGCUUUUAAAUUUCUUCUUAGCUCUUCUUCCAGUUACAUGUUGCAAAAAUCCUGGCUUUCCAAGAGGAAAAUUAAAAUAUAUAGAUAUAUUUCUGCACACUCAUUGGGGAAUGUUUCUGUUUGAUUUGUGGCUGCUGAGCACAAAGCCACAUCAUUUUUCAAGCUUUUCUGCGCUCCCAGAACAGUGAGAAAAUCACUUAGAGGGGAGGAAAAGAAUCUGAGAUUUUUUGCUCUUGCCACCAUGGCCAGCAGCAGAGGGAUUUUCUGGGAAAGCAAUAACUGGAUGUGGCUCCUGCAGACUGCAGCUGCUGUGGGCUGUGCACUGCUCAGAAAUGGGGUGACAGCAUGUGGGUUAGACAUAGCCUCCUUCAAGAGAUGCAAAAUUCCCAUCCCUUGCACAGGAUGGGGUUAAAGAAACCCCAGAAAUGGGUUGGGAAUGGUUUAACCCCCCUCAUCCCAAGAGAACAGGACCCCAGGCUCCUCUCACCCAGCACUCUCCCUCUGGGAAUCCUGGUGUGGUGUUUGGGGCUCCUCGUGGCUCUGGGAUCCUGCAGGGCUCCAGGUGGGAUGGGAGGAACUUCGGUGGGGAUCUCUGGGCUAUGUGUAAGGAUUUGGGGCUGGAAACAUCCUGGCUCAGGGAGGAGCUAAAGCCAAAAUCCCUCUUUGGUUUCAUGGGCAGCCCUGUCCUUCCCGGUGGCAGGAGAAGCUGUGGAGCAUCUCCGGGUGUGGAGAACGCAGUAAUCCAUUCCUCCACUUGGUGUGGGGGAGAAAACCUCAUCCAAACCCCCCAAGAAGUUUGCAAGACCCUACAGGAUGCUUUGGGGUUUGCCCCUGCUCCAAAUGCCCCAAGGAUGCAGGGAGGGCUGGGGGCAAGGCUGAUGUAAGGAUGAUGCCAAGUGGUGCUGGAAAAUAACCUCAAACCUCACAAACACCCGAGGAAUUUGCAGAUGUGAGGCUUGGGAGGGGAUGAGAGGACUUUUCCCAUAGAAUGUGGCUGUGUGGAUAGGUUUGUGCCUCAUCACCACCAUCCCUGAGCCAACAGCACCCCAAAAUCACCGCAGCACCCUCUGGCUAAGAGCAGCCACCCCAGGGAUGGUGCUGUGGUUUUAUUAGCUCGUCAAGCUGUCCUCUGCGUGCCACUAAUUACACAUUAACGAGCUGGCUUAAUUGGCUGCCUGUGAAUGUGCCAAGAGAGGCCACAGUGCCUGGAUGCAGCCACAGCAUCCCUGGGAGUGGGAGCAGCAUCCCAGGGUGGGCCAGCUGUACCCUCUCUUUGGAAAUCUGGGGGAAUUCCCAAGGAUGCCUGAAUUUUGGGGCUUUAAAGCUUAAUUUUAGGUCUCCUGAAAGAUCCUCAUGCUGAUAUUUCUUGGACCAACAGCUGGUGGUCCCAGAGAUCUCCCUCCCCUCUCUUCCUACAGCAUUUUGCUCUGAACUAGAUUAAAAAAUAAAGGUUUUGAUAGAAAAUGCUGUGGGAGGAGGGUUCAGCCCCCACUGCACAGGGCCGGAUGGGGUUAAAACUUUUGUGGCCACCUGCAAACUUGCAGGAAACAUCAUUUCCUCCUUCUGCAAAAGCUCAGCUGCCCCACAGGCACAGGAAGGUUUCAGGGGCUCGGAGGCCUCCCCGUGGGGUCACAGUGAUGGGGAUGUCCUGGGGCUGCUGCUGCAGGGACGCGGCGGCGAUGCUGUGACCUACAUUCGCGACAAGGAUGUCCCCAGCCCGCCGCCACCGCCGCCGGGCCAUGAAGCGACACAAGUGACAGGGCUGGGUGGCCGCGGCCAUGGCCAGCCCGGCACCAUGGCUGCGCUGGACACAAACACAGCUGAGGCGCUGGCAGGGCCAGCAGCAGCAGCAGGAGGAGGAGGAGGAGGAGGAGGAAGAAGACGACUUCGAAAGGCGGAUGGACGAGGAUGGGGUGAUUGGCCUGGGGGAGGGUGCCAGGAGCCCACCGUGGGGUGACACUGAGGACCUGCAGGAGGGGUCCCCGGCAGAGGAGGGGCGCUGGCACCCGCGGCAGGACCCGGCCCAGGAGGAUGAGGAGCGGGGCAGCUCCGGGGGGGACGAGGGGCCCUGGGGGGCAGAGAGCGAUGGGGACCCCUACCCCGAGCUUGGGGACCCUUACCCCGAGCUGUCCCCUGGGGGUCGCUGGGGCUCGGGCUCCAGCGGCAGCCCCGAGGCGGUGAGGGACGGCCGGGCUCUCUGCCAGCCCCGGGGCUGCAGCACGGACCGGGGGGACACCUCAGGGCUCUCGGACACCAGCCCUGGCCCUGGCACCCCGUCCCGCCAGCAGCAGGGCUGGGGCACGGCCGGGGACACCAUCGGGGGGCACAGGCAGGAGUGGAGCCCGAGACGGAGCCUCCCCCUGCAGCUCUCCACCGACGGCCCCAGCCCCGAGCGUGUCCCCGAGCCGCAGAGAGCUGGCACAGGGAUGCCAGCCCCCGGCACAGGGAUGCCAACCCCCGGCACCGCUGGCUUGGCACCCCCAGGGCACCCCCAGGGCUCCGGGAAUGCCCGGGCACCCCAAGGGCACGGCAGAUCCCGAGCGCCCAAGAAAGCAGCGCCCGCGGCGGUGCCCCCCAAGCCCGCCCGGCACUCGCGGUCCCUGAGCCCCCGGAGGCGAACGGGUGCCAAGGGCACGAGGGAUCCCUCGGGAACGGGCACCGAGGGCACCCAGUACGGCCGAGGGCGCCUCAACCACCCCCUGCCCGACCUGUCCAAGGUGGAGGCGCGGGUGAAGUUCAACCAGAGCUACCGCCCGCCCCGGGGCCGGGUGCUGCCCGCCCGCCCCCGCGGCCCCGGGGGUCCCAUCGGCUUCAAAUCCCCGGCCGAAAUCGUGCGGGAGGUGCUGCUGAGCAGCGGGGAGGGGGUGCCCCCGCAGCCCCCCAGCACGGCCGGGCUGCCGCAGGAGCUCAGGUCCCCCAGACAAGCCACGGCGCUGGUGCAGCAGCUGCAGGACGACUACCACAAGCUGCUGACCAAGUACGCCGAGGCUGAGAACACCAUCGACCAGCUGCGCCUGGGCGCCAGGGUGAGCCUGUUCUCCGACCCACCGCAGCCCAGCCGCAGCCUCGCCGUGGGCACCGUGGGCACCGGGAGCCGUGUGAUGACCCUGAGCAUCCCACGGGCACGGACAGCGGCUCUCGGCGUGGCCACAGCCCCGGCCUCGCCAGGUACAGCUGCAGCCCCGGCCCCGUCAGAACUGGGGGGUUCACCCCAACCUCGCUCCCCUCCUGUGCCCGGGGGGGGCUGCCCCACCUGCCCCACCUGGCCCGGGCCGUGCUGCUGCCCCGGGCCCCGGCUCACCCGGGCCCUGGCGGGGCAGAGCCGCAGGCUGCAGGCACAGGUGGAAUCCUUCGAAAGCUGGCUGCGUGCAGGGACCCCCACCCCCUCGGAACAGCUCCAGAGGAUGAGGAUGCUGAAGGACGCGCAGGAUGCGCUGGAGCGGGAGUACCUGAGGGGCCGGCAGCAGCUCCCGGCGGCGGCGGGGGGGUUUGAUCCUGACCGGGCAGUGGAAGGGGAGAUUUACCGCCUGGGGCUGCGUCUGGAGGGGCUGAAGGAGCGGCUGGAGCUGGGGGGCAGGCGGCAGCCCCUCCCUCAGCCCCUCCCGCAGCCCCUCCCGCAGCCCCCCUGCCCCCCAGACCCGUCCCCACCCCUGGCUGCCCACUCCCCGCACCCCGAGAGCCCUGCGCUGGUGGGAGGUCCUCGGGGGACAGCAGGGGACAGCGACGGGGUGGCAGGGGGGCUGCCCUGGCCCCUCUGGCACAAACAGCGCCAAGUGGAGGAGGAUUUCGGGGACCUGCUGGAGCAGUACAAGCACUUUAGGUCCUUGCCGGAGUCGCUGAGCCUGGAGCAGCUGAGCCUGGCGGGGAGCGGCUCCCAGGAGGAGGUGGAUGCACCCGCGGCAGGGGAUAGUGGCCCCAGCACGGUCCCCUGCAGGACACGGUCACUGGAGGAGGGGCCCAGCCUCGAGUCCUUGCCCCUGCACCUCCCACAGAGAAGAGCUGCGACACUUCCCCCCAGAGGAUCCCCAAACCUGGAGGAGACACGGAGCCACCCCUCCCCUGCCACUGCUGAGGAGCCACCACCCUCUGCCAAGCCUUUGGAGGUCCCUGGGCCACCACGGGUGCCCCUGUCCCUCCGUGGGACAGGCAGCAGUGCCACCCAGCACGGGACCCGCACGGAGCAGCGCAUCGUGUCCCCAGAGACCGACAGCGGCUUCGUGGGCUCGGAGGCCAGCAGGGUGUCACCCACGGUGCCCACCCCUGAGCAUCCUCCCCCUGGCCCGGGGACUCUGGGCUCGCUGGGACCUUCUGUCCCCAUCCCCAGCAGCCUCCGUACCCCGCGGAAGAGAGACACGAGCCCGCUGCCCUCCGAGGCAGCACUGAUGGGCAUCUACCCACCUGAGGGCACAGGGGGACCCCGGCUGCCCCCCAGCAGCCCCUCUCAGAGCAGCUCCCCCCCUCACUGGGGUGCGGGCAGCGAGGUGGGGCCAGACCCCGACGGUGAUGGCACUCGCACGGACUCGGAGGUGGGAGACAGGAGCUGUGCCAGUGCCGGUGGCCACCCCCCAGCCAUGGCCAGGAGCCCGAGCAGCCCCCUGCCAUCCCCCGAAACGCCAUCCCCCACCCUCCUGUCCCCCGACCUGCCAUCCCCCGAGCCGGCUGCCUGUGACCUGCUGGGCUCCCGUCUGCAGCGCGACCAGGCCAUCCAGGCGCUGCAGGACGAGGUGUGGCGGCUGCGGCUGCGGCUGGAGGAGAUCCUGCUGCGCUCCCGCAGCCAUCCUGGGGGAAAAGCCACUCCCGGUGUCACCCCGGCCAGGAGACAGCCGGUGACCAGCGGAACAUCAGCCCCGCAGGACGUGGCACCCUCGGGGGACCCGAGCCCCCCGGUGCGGGGCAGGGUGGCCCCUGGGCUCACACCCACGCGGAGGGAGAGGUCAGCAUCGCUGCCACGGGACAGGCCAGAGCUGGACCUCGGUAAGGGGGACCCCACCGCCGUGGGGACAGAGGGGACAUGCUCCUCCCUGCGCGCCACUCACCCUCCCCAGAGCAGCAGGAUGGUGUGGGGCUGCAGGACCGUGGGGACAGAGGGGACACGCUCCUCCCUGCGUGCCACUCACCCUCCCCAGGGCAGCAGGAUGGUGUGGGGCUGCAGGACCGUGGGGACCAGGUCCUGGUGGUCCCACGGAGCCCGCAGUGCUCAGCCCAGGGCGGGUCCUGCAGGCCUGGAGCUGGGUGCCAGCGGAUGCCACCCCUCUUCCCUGUCCUCCACCGCAGCCUCCGAGUCAGAGCCCUCACCUGCCAGGCCCCGGGCACCCCCCGCCCUGUGGAAGCACCUUGGGAAGCCGCCAGGGCCGGUGACAUCCCAGGGACAGCACACGGGUGACACAGGGACACGGUACCAGGCGGGGACACCACGUGCCACCCCGGCACCCCGAGAAGAGCCGGGCACCUCGGGGUGUCCCCGGUGUCACAGGGGCAGGAUGGCAUCAGCUGCAUCGGGGGGAGGUGACACCCCCCGGCAGCCCCAGCACAGCACCCCCAGGAGAACGUCCUGCCCCAGCUGCCGGGCACCCACGGGCCCCUCUGCGCCGGGCAGCAGGGACACAGCCACACACGCAGAGCGUGGCCCUGGUGGCUCCUGUCCCCCAGGAGCCGAGAAACCAGAGCAACCCGGAAUUUGGUACUUGGCAGCCACUCCUGCUGCUCCUGCUGCCACUGUCUGCCUGGCACCCGUCCCCCUCGUGCCUUACGUGCCCUCCAUGCUCUACUGCUCCCCAGCAGCUCCUACCUCAGCCCCAGCCCUGGCCGGGGUCCCCCUGGCUGUCCCCGUGGGGCCCCGGCGGGCAGAGCGUCCCCCCCGGCCCCAGGGCCACCAGCGCUGCCUGAGCCUGCAGCUGGAGGAGCUGGAGGAGCUGGACUGGUCCCUCAGCCGGGCUCUGCAGGCUGCCCAGAGCGCCAGGCUGGCCACCAGCCGCAUCAGCCGGGCACUGGCCACCGAGCUGGGCCGGCCACGGGGCCUGCGCGGCUCCUGCCUCUUCUGAGAGCCCCACUGGACCUCCUGCAUCUUCUGAGAGCACCUCCUGCCUCUUCUGAGAGCACCUCCUGCCUCUUCUGAGAGCACCUCCUGCCUCUUCUGAGAGCCCUGCUGGAUCUCCUGCCUCUUCUGAGGGCCCCACUGGCACCUCCAGCCUCUUCUGAGAGCCCUGCUGACACCUCCUGCCUCUUCUGAGGGCAUCUCCUGCCUCUUCUGAGGGCCCAACUGGUACCUCCUGCCUCUUCUGAGAGCCCUGUUGACACCUCCUGCCUCUUCUGAGGGCACCUCCCACCUCUUCUGAGAGCACCUCUUGCCUCUUCUGAGGGCCCCACUGACACCUUCUCCCUUUUCUGAGGCUCUGCUGGACCUCCUGCCUCUUCUGAGGGCAUCUCCUGCCUCUUCUGAGAGCCCUGCUGGACCUCCUGCCUCUUCUGAGAGCCCUGCUGGAUCUCCUGUCUCUUCUGAGGGCUCUGCUGGACCUCCAGCCUCUUCUGAAGGCACCUCCAGCCUCUUCUGAGGGCCCCGCUGGCACCUCCAGCCCGUCCAUGCCACCGGGAGCGGAGGAUGAGCCCCUCAGCUGCUCCCUGCCAAACCUGGGGCCAGCAGGGCUGGAGGUGCCUCCUGGAGGUCCUGCCCUGGCUCCCAGCCCGCUCCCGCUCUCCCUGCACUCCCUGCACGGCCUGUCCGUCCGUCUGUCUGUCCCUCUGCAGGUCCCCCCAUGGGCAGAAGUUUCCAGCAUUCCCUGGCAGCAGCGGGGUGGCCCUGUGUCCCCCCAGGGCGGUGGCCACCCCACCCUGAGCACUUGUGGGGAUGCUCUGACCUCGUGUGGGUCGAGCCCCCUUGGCAGCUGUGUUACCUCAGUGCCUGUGGGGGCAGAAAUCCCUGGGACCCCCUGGGAUCCCCCAUCCCACCCUUCCCCACCCUCAGGCCUCCUCAGGAGGCUGCGCCCUGUGCCCUUGGACUUCAACCCAGCACGAUCCUCCCUGGGGAAAUUUAUUUUUUUUAUGGUUUUUAUGUGAAUUUUUUAGCUAGUAAGCAGCUAAAUCACUCUUUUGAGUGUUGAUUGAUGAGCUGUAAUGUGUGUGUGUGAUAUAUGUGUAUCUAUAAAUGGAUAUAUCUAGAUAUAGACAUAUCUGUGUUUAGUUAUAUGUCUACAUCUAGAGAGACAGCUAUAAAUGGAUCUGUGUACGUACAGAUCUGUAUCUGAUUUUAUAGAUAUAUCUUUCUACAGAUACAUAUAUAUAAAUAUUCUGGUUUGCAUUUCCAGCACAACCCUUAGGGCAUUUGUGGGGCUUUUUUCUGGUCAUCUCUGGAUGUGGCCACCCACAGCAUCAUCCAGGCUGAGAAUAAAAUGAAGGAUUUGAGGUUUUCCCUCUGGGAUCCUCAGGGAAGCUGGGCUGGUGGAGGAAACGUCACCUGCUGAGACCAGAGCAGCUGUGGGGUCUGUGGAGCCCCUGUUCUUCCUCCCAGCUGGGUUUCUAAGGGGUUAAUGCCUAUUUUUUAGGGAAAAUGAUGUGGUUGGGGCAGCUUUUCCUGGGAUGGGUCCAGCCAAACCCCCUGCUCCCUGUGUUUAUCUGUAGGACCUACCUGAAGUGCCAGUGUCAAAUGUAUUUAUUUAUCUUUUAUUUGUUGUACAAAUACCCACAUUUGGAGGGGGGAUCAGUGAGGGACUCAGGGCUGGAGCUUUCCAAGCCCCUCCUGAGCCUGAUCCUGACAUGAGCCCAGAGGGGUUGGGAAUGGGGCUGCCCCCUGCUCCUUUUUUGGGGUGAGAGGGCUGGGUUUGGGGGAUUUUAAAGAGGUUUGGGGGGUUUUAAAGAGGUUUUAUUGUCUCUGGUUGCCUCUGCUCAUGCCUGUGCCCCAAGCUGGAAGCUGUGACUCCCCAGCCCAGGCAGGGCAUGAUGGAAGCGUGUGAAAAGUGUGAGUAAUUAUCCCAAAUGCAGUAGCCAGGACCAAAUGAUGGGUUUUUCUCCCUAUCUCCUAUUUUUUAACGCCCAGCAGAGCCACUGGGGUGGUAUUUUGUACGAAGAAAUCACUUAUUUUUGAAGGAAAUAAACGCAGUUGGAUGAUUCGUGUGCUGAUUUUCCUUCCCAAAGCCACUCCUAGGGGGAGGUUUGGCAUCACCACACCAGGAGCUCUCCCUUGGGGUUGGAGGGAAUAUUUUCCCAUGCCUUUUCCCUGUUUUCCUGGCCCUGAGGGAGCAGCACAGCACAGCCCCAGUUGCACUAGGGAUGGAGAUCGCUUUUAUUUAGUCACUCGAGUGCUUUAGUACAGAAGAACAGAUAUACAGAGAUGAUACAUGUUUGUGCUUCAACACUUUCAAACAUUUAGAUUCCAGUAAUUUCAAGGUAAACAAGUUCCAAGACAGACUAGAUUAUUUUUUUUUAAGUUUUCCUUUUUGAUAAAUUAUUUUUUAUAUAAAUAACUGUAACAGAAAAAAUAAUAAUAAUAAUAAUAAUGUCCAACAUACAAGAUCCUGAAGCAUUUGCAUUGCUAAACCAAAGAGGAACAGAAACGGGCUGGGAGACCAAAGGGGAACCAACAAAUAUCAGUGCAAUGAUACAGCCUUUGCCCUAAAAAUAUAUAUUUAACUUUAUGGGCAAGGAGCAGACGGGAAGGGAAGGGAAAGGGGGGGGCUAACCACCAACGAGGCAAGAAAGAGCAAUUUUAGGGUAGGAAAAGGGGGGUCACAGCCUUCAGGGGGAAGAGAACAAAACCAUAGACCCCAAAAUAUUGCAGUGCAUCUAAAGGCAAGGGACAGGGGGCAAUCCAGGGGCGUCAAAUAAAAACCCAACUAAAAUCAGAAGUUUGGGGAAAUCACUAUACACCAAGCUCGUAAGAACGUCACAAGACACAGUCAUUAAUAUACACAGAGUCCAGAGGGUUUGGGGGGGCCUGGGGGGGUUUGGAGGGCCCCAGGGGGGUUUUGGGGAGGGCCCAGAGGGUUUUUGGGGGGUCUCAGGGUGACGGCACGCUCAGAAACGCUUCACCACGGGACGACACGAGUGGAGCUGGGCACGGGCACCGAGCUCCCGUGGGGGUGGAUGGAGAGAGGUAUCCAUGGAGAGAUAGCACAGAUAUAUAUAUAUAAAUAGAUUUUUAUUUUAUAUAUAUAUAUAUAUGUAUUUUUGAAGGAAUUCCCAGAGAGGGAGGCAGGGCUGUGCAAGCGGACAGGCCCCAGCUCCCAGAUUUGACCAGUUUGGUCCCUUUUCACACGGGAAUUACCACGGUGUUAGGUGUCCUGGCUGCACUCCCACACCACCCCCACCCCAAAUUCCCAUCCAGAUGUUGGCGUGCACACCUGGCAGGAGCACCCCCUGCCCCAAAAGCCAUGGGACAGGUGGUGGUGCCAGCCUGAGCAGUGGCUGGAGCGGUGUGGGGUGUCCGUCCAUCCGUCCUCCCAUCCAAACAAGACCCCAAUGAGGAGCAUUCCCCAAAAAAAUGUGUUUUCUGUCAUUUUCCCCACCAUAUUCAAUAGCAAUGGGCAGAUGGUUACUCAGCAAUGAGCUCCUGGGGCGCUUCCCACAGCUGCAGCUACAAA